GGUACUAUGUCGUGUAAUUUUCUCCUAUUAUAGACUUGUGGAUUGUAUAUAUACAUGGCACUUGCAAAGGACAUGCAUGAUUUAUUCUUUUGGUGUUCGCAAUUGAGUCGUAUAUCCACUUCAAAUAUCACAUUGUCACGUCGUCAGGGGCUCCAACUGAGGUACAUUAGUUGGCGUAUACCUUAUUUUGAGGCUGAGAUGCCAGUACUACAAUUUGGAGGAUUAUGUGGCUUCUGGGAGAAAGACGUCUUCAGAAGCUUACGACCUUGGUACCCAUUACGCGUCGGGGGGCUCUCUGGUGGCAUGUUCUACAAAGUAUCUCCUCUGGUUGCUCCUCUUUUGCGCGUUUUUGUGCCUCUCAAAGGCCUAUAGGGGAGAAAAUAACACUUGGCAUCUUGCCACAAGGGAGUAUAUCGUCACCAACAUACGAGGUGGCGCGUGAAGUGGGUAGGUAUCUAUCAAGUAAUAAGUAGAUAUCGCUG